CUCUUGCGAAAAUCAUGCCUUGGGUUUCAUCGGCAACAGUUCUGAUCCACAACAUUUUCAUGUUAAUUGGUUUCCGAAACUUAUUUCGUAGAUUUGCAUUGCAUAUAUGUAUAUUGUCAUGCAUAGUGUAUUUCUGAGCAUGUCAAUAAAUAGGCUAUGAGAUUUGCCUCUCUCGUGGAUGUACCACGUGCAUUCAGUUAGGACCGUAAGUGUUUUCAAACUCAUGCUGAUAGGCUAUUUUAUACGUUGUUUUUAAUGUUAUGUUUAAACAAUAUUUUCCUGUUACUGGUGCAAUAUGAAAAUUUAUGAUAUGCAUAAUAUGGCUUCUACUGAAAUGUAAGUAAAUGCAACAUUUGAUAGUUGCAUGGGGUCUGCGAAAUUACUGGUUAAAUAAAUAAGCAGCUGUGCGUUUCAGUUUGAAACGAGACUCAUUUUCCCUACAGUUACAUUGUUUCAGUAAGACUUCCGUACGUGCGAGUAAUUGCAGUAUACUGUAGCGCACAGGGCCACCGAGUGGUAGAAAUGUAUAACACAUGCUCCUUCCCGAUAUUCCAUGAAGACGUACAACCGGUAUAAAUAUCAAGAUGCUGGGUAUAUACAGAGAGAGAGAGAGGCUGGUGGUUUCUUUAACUUCCUGGACUUGAACCUAAACGCCACCUAAGAGGUUUAGACGCAGCACAAUCUACAGAACGAUUCCGUUGCAUCUGGGAAAACAGUUUAUGUAUGAUUUUACAAAUAAAAAUAUGGAAUAGAUUUUUUUCUCAGCGAAUUUGCAGCUCUUCUCUGUGAUUAAGCCUGGUGGACAAAGGGAGACACUCCUGUAUUAACGAAAUUGACUCGUCGAUUGACAACCCAAGAUGUAAACGUCAAUGUCUUUAAAAUCAAGCAAAGUAUAAAACGCAUGCAAAUACUCACCAAUGAUAACGAGUGGGUGACAAGUAGCGGCUAAAGUGCCUUUUUCAAAUAGAGAGACCACCGACAUACAACGUAGCGAGAUGGAGAGUCUUUUCAAGGAGCAAGAUUUUUGGGGAAUGAAUUUGUCCUGGAGGAAUACGAGUCUCGGCAACGAAACUGAAGGAGCAAACCAGACGGUGAACCCCUUGAAGCGGAACGAAGAAGUGGCCAAAGUGGAAGUGACUGUACUUGUCCUGGUCUUAUUGCUUGCCCUUGCUGGAAACCUGUGCGUCCUGCUAGCCAUUCACACGGCCAAGCACAGCCAUUCUCGUAUGUACUAUUUUAUGAAACAUCUCAGUAUUGCGGAUCUAGUGGUGGCGAUCUUUCAGGUCCUGCCACAACUAAUUUGGGACAUUACGUUUCGAUUUUACGGGCCCGAUUUUUUGUGCAGGCUGGUGAAAUACCUGCAGGUCGUCGGAAUGUUUGCCUCCACAUAUAUGCUUGUUUUGAUGUCCAUUGACAGAUGCUUAGCGAUAUGCCAGCCACUGCGCUCUUUACACCGAAAAAAAGACCGUUUCUACGUAAUUGUUUCUUGGAUGCUUAGCCUAUUGUUCAGCAUCCCACAAGUGUAUAUCUUCUCCCUGAAAGAAGUGGGAAACGGAGUCUAUGACUGCUGGGGAGACUUCGUGCAGCCUUGGGGUGCCAAAGCGUACGUGACGUGGAUUACUCUGACCAUCUAUAUCAUACCUGUUGCCAUUCUAAGUAUUUGCUACGGACUUAUAAGUUUUAAAAUAUGGCAAAACUUUAAACUGAAAACAAGGAGGGACCAAUGUAUAACUCUUACCCCGAAGCCAUGCAAAGGUGCUGCGCUUUCUCGCGUGAGCAGCGUAAGGCUAAUUUCCAAAGCAAAGAUCAGGACGGUUAAAAUGACUUUUGUCAUAGUCGUUGCAUAUAUCGUGUGCUGGACGCCCUUUUUCUCCGUACAGAUGUGGUCGGCUUGGGACCCAGCGGCGCCCAGAGAAGCAAUGGCCUUCAUCAUUGCAAUGCUGCUGGCCAGUCUGAACAGCUGCUGCAACCCCUGGAUCUACAUGUUCUUUGCGGGGCACCUGUUCCAUGACCUCAUGCAGCGUUUUGUCUGCUGCUCUACACGCUACCUGAAGUCUUCUCAGUCCAAGUGUGAGCGCCAGUCCAGCCGCAAGAGCAACUCCUCCACCUAUGUCAUCAAGAGCACCAGCAGCCAAAAGAGCAUCACACAGACCUCCACCACGUGAGGUCAGCCGGGCUCACUAAAGACUAUUGCAUUUCUUUUGAUAUAUUUCUUCACAAAUAGUAGAAUUGAACAUAAAUUACAAAUGACAUGUUGUGUAUAUAUAUAUAUAUAUAUAUAUAUAUAUAUAUAUAUAUGCCAUUUCAUGUGAUGCAUACAUAAAUAGCAUUUUUUCCUUUUACCUACUGUAAUAAUGUGAUGUAAAGCAGAUUGAUGAUUUUUACAGUUUCAUGUAUAUAGAUUUCUUAAUAUUUCAAACAGUGGAGUAGCAUUGCAAAGGUGCUAUGAAUGCUCAUGAGAUUUGAGUUGACAGAAUGGCAAUGCUGAGUGUGCAUAGAGCUGGGUCUUAAUACUUCUUAUCAGAGCACCCUGCUUCACAGUUCAUACAUCAUGUGAUUUGUAAUUACCUUGUCCAAUGUACAGGGUUUAUUACCCUGCGUGCGCAAGGACACCAUACUAAGUAGUAUUGCUCAACAGAAAAUGUGGAUAAAGCUCUUGAUUUGAUUGUAAUUUAUGUGUGUCCCUAUUGUGCACAUGCAAUUUCUCAUUCCUAAUUACCCGAGUGUUCUUCUUUCUUUAAAUUCUUGCAUUGCAGUACAUAAGACAAUUUUAAUGCUUGCGCAUGCGAAAUAAAUCUGCUCUACAAAGUACUGGUAAAAUAUUUUUAUACAAACGAACAUUUCGCUGAUUUGUGUAGACAACCAAAACCCUUGCCCUAUUCGUCUCACUUGGAAGGGAUUUACAGGCCCUUGGAUUUGUUUGCUUUUAAAAUACCAAUCGUAAUGCAAUUUAGGUGAAAUAUGUCUAUCUGUUUCCGCUUUCUCGACACUGAACAGAUUCCCUGUGGUUUAGCCUUUCACUUCCAGAAUGAAAUUCCACAAUGACAUUAUCGCAGCCAGCCAUGCAUGUAGAUGCGUAAGAAGAACUUUUCAGCCGCAGUAGAUUUAUUAAGAGAUAAUGAUCAUGCGUUUAUAUACUUUUCCCCCAGUGGAUUCUCUUUGAACAGAACAGCAUCUUUGGGGUAUUCCCAUGGCCUAAAUUAAAUUACCGCAAAGGUAAACAUUUCGCAGUUGUUUUUAGAAUGGAAUUUACUUUUAACUCUGUAAUCCAUUUAAAUGAAUUAUUUUGUUUGAUGAUUGUAAUACCUGGCAACUUUAAGAAUUAUGGCUAUUUUGCUGAUUUUGUUGUGGUUUGUAUUGUAUCUGUGCAGUUCUGAAACUCAGUUCUGUAAAUAAAUAUCUUUUUCAUUUACUGGGAUAUAUUUCACAUGAAAUUUAAGACCUAUUUAUUAAAAUGAAUUGUGUUCUCUGAA